AUGAUGGAGAUGCUGACCUGGACUUCCCUCGAGAUCAACGACACUGAGGCUGCUGGCCCGACGGGGUUCAAGCAGGCGUGGAAACGCAAGACCCGUUCAAGUGAUGUGUAA